AACGAGUAAGUGUUUUUUUCAGCUUUAGGGUUAAGAGGACCGUUGGAAGUUAUCGUUUAUGAUCCGUGACGAUAAAUGUUGAAUUUAUCGGAUUAAUUUUUAACAGAGAUGAGUUCAAAAGUGCAGUAUAAAAGUGGGGACCUGGUCUUUGCCAAAGUGCGAGGAUAUCCACCUUGGCCUGCAAGGAUUGAAGAGGCUCCUCCUCCUGGCAAAAAAGUACCUAGAAAUAAAUACCCAAUUUUAUUCUUUGGCACUUAUGAAACAGCUGUUCUAGGAUCAAAAGAUCUUUUUCCAUAUGAUAAAUACAAACAAAAGUAUGGGAAACCUCAUAAGAGGAAACAUUUUAACACAGGAUUGUGGGAAAUAGAAAAUAAUCCGACAGCAUUACCACCUAGUCAUAUAAUGACAGAAACUGAAAAUAAUGAAGAGAAAGAAGAAGUAGAAGUCGAAGAAGAAGCAGCAGAGGAAGAGGAGGAGGAGGAAGAUGCUGCUAAUAGUGAUGAUGAUGCAAAACUUGUAAUUGAUGAACAUCCUGCAAAAGACAAUAAAGGAGAAAGUCAGCAGAAACGAAAGUCUGAACAUAAAGAACACAAGAAAUCAAAGAAGUCAAGAAAGGAAAAGGAUGAGGAAGAGAAGAAAGAGGAGGAGGAGGAGGAGGAAGCAAAUUCUAAAGUUACUGAGGAAACACAACCAAAUAAGGUUAAGCAUAAGGAUAAGAAAAAAUCAAAAUCAGAUAAGGAAAAGAGUAAGAAGAAAGAUAAAGAUAAGGACAAAGACAAAGAUAAAGGAGAGCCAGAACAAAGUCGAAGUGGGCGAGUAAUAAAAAGGAAAAAAUUUAGUUCUGAGAGUGAUCCAGAAGGGCAUUUAGACAAUGUGGAAAUAAAACAGCUUUCUGUGAAUGUUGGUGUACCUGUUGAUGUGUCAAAGGGUCACAAAAAAAAAGAAGAAAAGAAAAGGAAAGAAGAAGCAAAAUCUAAAACAAAAAAGGAAGGCAAAGAAGGAAAAAGUCAAAGUGAUAGUGGAAGAGCACCAACGUGAAUAUAUAAUACAACCAGGUACAAUUAUUUCAUCAUAACUCUGAUCAUACCAAUAUAUCUUAUUUCUUGUUGUAACAUCAUCAUGUACAUUAUUAAAAUGUUUAAUGUCAGUUGUUAUAGAUGAAACAUUGGAAGUGAUUGUUUGCAUCAAUUUAGAAAUACCGUAAAUACAAAUGAAAAAUUUAAUUGUUCAUAUGGUUAUCAUUCACACUUGUAAAUCAUUAAUUGUAAUACAUCUCAUUCAUAACUGUUUUCUAUACUUCCUGGCUGUGUUUAGACAUUGAUUUCAUUAUACAAAUUAGAUAUGGGGUGGUUUUGCACAAGCUGUUAGGUCACAUUAUUAAUAAAUGUUAUUAUUACACCUAUUUUAUCAAAAAUAAUAUAUGACAUAUAUUUGAAUAUUUGUUUUCAUCAGUUUGCAAUUUAAGAAUUUUUAUUUUGUUUUGCAAUUUUUGUUGAUUGUCAGUGUUUUUAAUUUGUUGCUGUAACUGUUAAUGUUUAUAGGACAUGAAAAUGUGCUGUUUAACAGUAUAUUGCUUCAAAUACAGCAGGCAAUAUUUAUCUGGCCUGGCAACUUGUGCCUUAAAUGUCCAUAAGUGUCUUAUGUUUGUGUAGAGUGAAACAGUGAGUAUUGUCAAUGCUAACAAAGCUUUUAUUCUGUAUUCAGUCUCAAAUAAAUAAA